AUGACGGCGGGACGCUGCAUAGAAGGGAUAGAAACCGAAGUGAAGGGUAAAAUACAUUUUGAGAAGAAUGUUUACGUGGUAUACUUCUCGGUGCCAAUUAGUUUCGACGGGUUCUUCACCAGAUUAAAGGAUGUUUGUAAACUGGCCGCUGGCAAUACAAUUACAGUCAAGAUUAUUGACGAUGAAGGUGCGUUUCUUUUAUUUUUGUCUUGGUUUUUAGGUUUGAUUUGAGGCAGAUGCACGGUGAUGCGUAUUUUACACUAAAAAAUAGCUUCUCUAGCUUAGGACCUAUAGUUUUGUUGGUUUUACGGUUGAAACUGGCAUGUUUUAGAUGUGUAUAUGUAUACCUAAAUUUAAAAUAUUUUAACAACAACAUUUCAUGGACGUAUUUUACAACAAGAAAACGAAUUUUUAUUAAAAGGGUGCUAAAUUAAAGCUUAAAGCUCAACGACAUAAUCAAGCCUAAAGACGAACUCAAAGACAUAGUCAAUAUCUAAAAAUUACCUAUUAUAAAACACAUUAUUUUAGGUGAUCCGUGCACAGUAUUGGAUCAGAGUGACUUAGACGAAAUUAUACACGUUAUAACAGAGAAUGGAGCAUCAGACAUGCUUAUUCACGUCUUUAACGGCGUCCCACCAACACCUGGUGCUCCUUGUAUUGGAGAAGACAGUAAGUUUUUGAUGUUUUUGCUUGGAUUUUAGGUAUCAAAUGAGAAAAUAGAAGUUUUUCAUAACAAUUUGGGAUUGUACAUUGAGUUUUGAUUAAUGUAACGUUUUGUAUUGUAAAUGGUGCAACUUUGAUUAGUGUAUGAUCUGCCAAAGUAACGAGACGUCCUACAUUGUUAUUUAUAAAUGUUUCUUUGAAAUUUUACUUCUUUACGAGGUUAUAAUACCUAAACUCAUUCCAGAAAACGUGUACAGACGCGGCGCCCGUCGAUGGAACAAAUUCUACAACAUUCACGGUCAUCGGUUCCAAGUGAAACGUUCAAAACGUGCUGACUGUGCCUUAUGUCAAGACUCGAUAUGGGGCAUAGGGAAAGGUGGUCUGAAGUGUGUGGAUUGUGGAAUGUUUGUUCACAAACGAUGUCACAAGUUUGUGCGAAAGUUCUGUACAAAAGAGGUUGGCAAUUACCCACAAACUCCGGUGAUUCAGAAGACUACUGUUCCGGCUUCUGAGCAAGUGUCACCGAUUAAUGGGAAGACAAAGGGAUUUGAGGCGAGGAUUGAGGCGGAGCAGGUGAGAAUGGGUAUGCUUAAGGUUUCUGAGGUCAAAAAGUUUAGGGAAUUUGAGUUUCUUUUUAGAAGUUUUAAGAAUUUCAAGUUUUAAAUGGAAAAAUGCUUGAAAAAGACUUGUUUUAGGCCAGAAAUGCUCUAAAACGGGCUUUUUAAGAAAAAUAUUACUUAUAACUUUAAUUUUUUGAUUCAAAAAUUUACACAAAUACUCAAUAUUAUUUAAAAAUUAAUGUUAUUAUUAAUAAUGUAUAUUGGUAUAGCCUUUCCUCAUUCAAUUUCACCAAAUCUUUAGAUAAACGGCCAAAAACGACCUCAACACAACGGCCUCGACGACUUCAACAUGCUCAAAGUCAUUGGCCGAGGCUCCUAUGCCAAAGUCGUUCAAGCCGAACACAAAGUGACAAAACAAAUCUACGCUAUCAAGAUCAUAAAGAAGUCCAUGUUCCUCGAGGAAGACGACUUAGACUGGAUUCAAACCGAGAAGUCGGUCUUUGAAACGGCCUCAAAUCACCCGUUCUUGGUCGGUCUUCAUUCUUGUUUCCAGUCGGAUUCAAGACUCUUCUUUGUCAUCGAAUUCAUACCAGGAGGAGAUCUGAUGUUCCAUAUGCAGCAUCAACAACGGCUGCCAGAAGAUCAUGCCAGGUUCUACUCGGCAGAAAUUAUUUUGGCUUUGAACUUUUUACACUCGAGGAAUAUCAUCUAUAGGGAUUUGAAGCUGGAUAACGUGCUGUUGGAUCAACAUGGACAUGUUAAGCUGACUGAUUUUGGAAUGUGCAAGGUAAGAAUCACUGUCUGUUGGCUGUAUUUUGUACUUUAUACAACUUUUACGCUUCUUUUUAGGUUUGUUCUGGCUUGUUUUCGAAAAGAAAGUUAACAUUUUUCUUUAUAACUGGCUACAACAAUAUAAAUUAGCAAAAUAAAUUUAAUUUUUUAGGAAAACAUUGGCCCAAACGACGUAACCAACACCUUCUGCGGUACCCCCAACUACAUUGCUCCAGAGAUCCUUCGAGGCGAAGACUACGGCUUCAGUGUUGACUACUGGGCACUAGGCGUGUUAAUGUACGAAAUGAUGGCCGGUCGAUCGCCUUUCCAGCUACCUGGAAACGAAAACGAAGAGAACGCCGAAGAUACGCUGUUCCACACGAUCCUGGAACGACAGAUCCGAAUCCCACGGCAUUUAUCAGUUAGAGCGGCCAAUGUGCUGAAGGGAUUCUUGAACAAGGACCCUACAUUAAGGUUGGGCUGCAAAAAGGACAUUGAGGAAGGCAUGGGCGAUAUUAAGAUGAACGGCUUCUUCAGGGACAAUAUUGAUUGGGCCGCGGUGAGUUUUUGGAGUUUUGAUCAGGCAAAGAAUGGCGUAUUUUAAAUCUGAUGCAAAAAUAAUGGCACAUUUAAGUCUGAUGCAAAAAGAGUGGCGCAUUUUAAAUUUGAUGCGAAAAGAAUGGCGCAAUUUAAAUUUGAUGCGAAAAGAAUGGCAUUUUGACUAACUUUUGUCUUUUCAGCUCGAACGCCGUCAAGUCCUACCUCCAUACAACCCCAACGUAGCCGGCGAUCGUGAUCUACGCCGGUUCGAUGUCAAUUUCACUAACGAAUCUCCACGACUAACUCCGGAUGAUCCGGCUGAAAUAGCUCGUCUCGACCAGUCGGAAUUUGAAGGCUUCGAAUACGUGAAUCCGCUACAGUUGGAGAGAGAGGAUGUAGUGUAA